GCAAGAGCAAUUCCGCAUUAUUGAUUCCAUCCAUCUUCGACUACGAGGGAGAAUGGCCAUGGCCAUGGCGGCCGCCCUCUUCCUCCUCCUCCUCCUCCUCCCUGCCCUCGCCGCCGCCCAGAACCAGACCUUCUCCGCCAACGACGGGCCCUGGCGCCCCACGGAAACCAACCGCACCCUCGUCUCCAAGAGCGGGUCCUUCGGCGCCGGCUUCCUGCCCUCCCCCUCCUCCCCGGGCAAGUUCCAGUUCGCCGUCUGGGUCAACGCCAACCCCGACAGGACCGUGAUAUGGUACGCCCACAAGAACAACUACGCCGCCGUGGAGGCCGACGGCAGUUCCACGCUAGCCAUCGACGCGGCGGGCAAGCUGUCCUGGACCGCGGGCUCAUCGGUAGUUUGGUCCCCCUCCCCCGCCAUGAACGCCAGCGCCAGCACCACGAGUCUGAACGACUCGGGAAGCCUCGUCCACGGCGCCUGGUCCAGCUUCGGGGAGCCGACGAACACGCUGAUGCCGUUGCAGGCCAUUCCUGGGGCUGGAACCAACCACAGCAUCACUCUGCAGUCCAACAACUCCCUCUUCCAGCUGCUCAACUCCUACACCCUGCAGCACGGCACCUUCAUGUACGCCAACAUCAGCUCCUCCGUCACCCCCCUGCUCAACUUCACCCCCGAUGGCACCCUGCUACUCUCCGGCGGCUCCUCUCUUAUCGCCUCCGACAAGGACUCCCCUCGCCGCCUGCGCCGCCUCACGCUCGACUACGACGGCAACCUGCGCCUCUACAGCCUGCAGCCCAACACCAGGCAGUGGCGCGUCGUUUGGCAGCUGGUGCAGGAGCUCUGCACCAUCCGAGGCUCUUGCCCUGGCCAAGCCUCCAUCUGCGUCCCUCAGGGCGCCGACGCCAUCACCUGCGUCUGCCCGCCAGGAUACCACUCGCUUGGCCUUGGCGCCGGCUGCGCCCCCAAGAUGAACUACAGCGGCCGGGGCAACGACGACAAGUUUGUCCGGAUGGACUUCGUCGCCUUCUCCGGGGGCGCCGUGACCGCCGUGUUGGACCCCGGGAACUACAUGACCAAGCUGUCGCCGCAGAACCUGGCGGACUGCGAGAGCAAGUGCCGGGCCAACGCCGGAUGCGUCGCCUUCGGCUACAAGUUCGGCGGCGACCGGACGUGCCUGCACUAUACCAGUCUGGUGGACGGGUACUGGUCGCCGGCGACGGAGAUGUCGACCUACCUGCGGGUGGUGGCGUCCAACAACGACACCAACAACUUCACGGGGAUGACGACCAUGAUCGACACGGUGUGCCCGGUGCGGCUGGCGCUGCCGGUGCCGCCCAAGCAGGGGCGCAGCACGAUCCGCAACAUCGCCAUCAUCACGGCGCUGUUCGCGGUGGAGCUGCUGGCCGGGGUGCUGUCCUUCUGGGCGUUCCUGCGAAAGUACUCGCAGUACAGGGAGAUGGCGCGCACGCUGGGGCUGGAGUACCUGCCCGCCGGCGGGCCACGGCGGUUCUCGUACGCGGAGCUGAAGGCGGCGACCAAGGACUUCUCGGACGUGGUGGGGCGUGGCGCGUACGGGACGGUGUACCGCGGCGAGCUCCCGGACAGGCGGGCGGUGGCGGUGAAGCAGCUGCAGGGCGUGGGCGGAGGGGAGGCGGAGUUCUGGGCCGAGGUGACCAUCAUCGCAAGGAUGCACCACCUGAACCUGGUGCGGAUGUGGGGAUUCUGCGCGGACAAGGAGCAGAGGAUGCUGGUGUACGAGUACGUGCCCAAUGGGUCGCUGGACAAGUACCUGUUCGCACACGGGCACGGCGGCGACGGCGACGGCGACGGCGGCAGGAAGCAGCCCGUGCUUGACCUCCACACCCGCUACCGCAUCGCCCUGGGCGUCGCUCGCGCCAUCGCGUACCUGCACGAGGAGUGCCUCGAGUGGGUUCUGCACUGCGACAUCAAGCCGGAGAACAUCCUGCUGGAGGACGACUUCUGCCCCAAGGUCUCCGACUUCGGGCUGUCCAAGCUCACCAGCAAGAAGGAGAAGGUGACCAUGUCUCGCAUCCGCGGCACCCGCGGCUACAUGGCUCCCGAGUGGGUCAUCCACCGCGAGCCCAUCACCGCCAAGGCCGACGUCUACAGCUUCGGCAUGGUGCUCCUUGAGAUCGUCUCCGGCCGCCGCAACUACGGCUUCCGCCAGGACUCCGUCGGCAGCGAGGACUGGUACUUCCCCAAGUGGGCGUUCGAGAAGGUCUACGUGGAGCGCCGCAUCGACGACAUCAUCGACCCCCGCAUCGUCCAGGCCGAGGCCUACGACGACGACGCCGCCAGCGUCGCCACCGUCGAGCGCAUGGUCAAGACGGCCAUGUGGUGCCUUCAGGACCGCGCCGACAUGAGGCCCUCCAUGGGCAAGGUCGCCAAGAUGCUCGAGGGCACCGUCGAGAUCACCGAGCCCGUCAAGCCCACCAUCUUCUGCGUCCAGGACGACUGACACUCGUACGCCGUUGCAAUGCGAUAUUCUGCUUAAAUUAUGAUGCAACUGCUUGAUGAGGUGUCUCCAAAUUAAGAUGAUGCAUCAUACAUACUCUCUGUACACAACACAGCAGAGCAAGGCAAAAUGUACAUGGACUUUAUUGUUCCUUCUUGCAUAUUUUUUCGCAGGCAGCUUGAAAAUGAGAUGCACCAUAAAUCCUGGUGUCAAUCAAAUUCAUCGGAAUUGCUUUAUUC